CCGGGACGCCCGGCCGCCGGCCGUCGCGCGCCACAGGUUGUCCUCCUGGGGCCACCGCUGCGCUGCCGCAUGAGGCUCGCUGGGCGAAGGGCACAUCUCCGGGGAAGCUGCGCCGCUCGCUCGCUCCGCCGCCAGUGCCUGCCGCCCGGUCUUGUCCCCGCCGGGGCCAUGAACUCCUCGCUGGGGAACCAGACGGAGGCGCUGGGGCUGCUGCUGGCCAACAGCACUGACUCUCUGGAGCGAGCGCUCCAGUCCUUCACGCCGAAGUCUGUGGUGACCGACGACGGCUUCGUGGUGACCGCGCCGGACGAGAGGAGCCUGUACAUCAUGCGGGUGGUGCAGAUCGCCGUCAUGUGCGUCCUGUCCCUCACCGUCGUGUUCGGCAUCUUCUUCCUCGGCUGCAAUCUGCUCAUCAAGUCCGAAGGCAUGAUCAACUUCCUGGUGAAGGACCGGAGGCCGUCCAAGGAGGUGGAGGCGGUGGCGGUGGGCCCGUACUGACCGCGGUGCCGCCCCAGAGCCCGCUUGGCCGCUCCAGCCGCGGCGGGACUCGGAAGCGACCGUUGGCUGUUGCCUUUCCCGGAAGGCGGUUCCGGCCGUGGAAGCAACUCCUGGCAGGCGAGGGAAAAGCAACCUUCUUUCCCCGACGGGACCGGGCGUGGGAGUAGCAGGGAGCCAAGGGGGCUCAGUCCAAAGCCAACGGCGAUGACUUUUGACUGGGCGUGGGGGGAGGGAGGUGAAGUCGCCGCGGUUUUACUUCCCUGACCCCUGGGCAGGUGGGGGAAGAGCUCCAACCUCCCCCUGCGGUGGGGCCAUGCCGCAGGAGCAGGGGUAAAGUGGAAAAGAGGCAGAGAUGGGGAAGUCCUUCGAAUCGAUUUGGCAUUCUGUAUAUAACAGUGUAAAUGCCACCAGCUAAACAUUUCCAGCUUUGAUGCUUUGUUUUAAGGGGAGGGGGAGAGAGGGAGAAACUGAUCUUAAGGUUGACUGUAAAAAUCUUACCCUCUCUUUUAAGAUACUUUCCUUCCAGAUUUGAAUAGGGAGGAUUCGCACAUCCUGUGUGAGGAGUUGACUUUGGUGCUUUUGGGGUGGGGUGUCUCUUAGAUUCACUUUGGGGUUGAUUGUUACAGAAACUCCUGUGCUGAUGUGUAAAUGACAGUUUCAAGUCAUCUACUUUCUGCUGUAAACUCUCCUUUUUAAAAUUGUAGCCUCCUGUUUGUAUUUUGUACCUAUCACUUCUCGUGCAGCUUGUCCACGGCUAAAAAGCCAGCGUGUUUGACCAUUGCACUCAUGGCUUUAGAAAUUGCAUCAGUUUAUACAAACAAAAGGCAGGAAAAAGGUGUUUUAAUUGUGGUUUUUUCCUAUUUAAUUUCCUUUAAUAAAAUCUGCCUGAGUCUUCUCAUCCAGGUCUCCUUCCAGUUUUCUACGGAAGUUCAGAGAAGCUGUGAUCAGCACUGGAAAGAUGGAGGGACACAUGAGACUCCUUACUGUCCAGCAGAUCAAGUCGAGGAGAUGGGAGGAAAAGUGUUAAGAGCAGGAAGAAACUGAGAGAACAGAUGGUCCCUGAGAUACUACAGAACUUGUCUUUUGCUUAACAACAGCAACAAAAAGUUAAGAUUCAGAUUCUGCCCCUUCUUCAUGUUCUUUAUGAGGAAUAAAGGGAACCUACUUCUUGCUCACAGAGAUUAAGCACAACAUGCUCUUUAUUCAUUCUUGAUGGAUUCUUUCUUUAAAAAAAAAGGAAAAAGCAAUGGACAAACAUGGAAUGGCUGCAAGUGGAAAAUACUUGUAAAAUUCUAUCAAUGAGCUGAUUGACUAACUGCAAGAAAGCUUCUCUGGAUACAUUCCUAAUUUCAGAUGGGGAAGGAUCAGCCAGGGAAGGGGGACUGUGGUGCAUUUCAACCCAGGUGUUUUCUGCAAUACCGCCACACGUUCAUGAGCUCAGGAGCAUGCUACUUUUGUCAAAAUUAGUGUUGUGCGGCAAACUUUGCCUCUUUCUUAUGUGUGCAAUGUCACAAAGCUGCUAUAUCAUUUUCAUUAACAAAUUAAGUAAAACUAAAACAAAAUUUAAAAAAAAUAAUCUUUUUUUAAAAAUUAAAACAAUUCAAAAGCGAGUAUCUGGAAGAGGAGAGAGUGCUUAGCUGCCCUAUAAGAGGCACACAAAGAUGGAUCUGUGUUGUCUUUCUUUCCAAUCCCUUGUGUCAAGCUGUAGUACUUUGGGUAUCAGUAGGAAUGAACCCUGGUACAAAUUAAGGGGGCAUUUUGCAAAAUAACUGGUUCUGCAUUAUGUAGCAUUUAAAAAAUCAGACAAUUAACCAAGGAAACAUUGGCCCUUUUUUCCCCCCCUCAACCAGAAAAGAGAGGAUACCUGGUUGAAAUUUUAUAAUAAUUUCAUGCUGCCAGCUCCAGUUACUAUCCUGGCAACCACAUAAAUUAAGCAAUGUGCAGAAUUCUCUGGAGAAGGAAGCAGCAAGAGAUGAAGGUUCAAUCACAAUAAUUGCCAUAUGCUGUAUCCUAUCUAACACCUCCAGUGAACUGGGGCUUUCCUUUGUUUGAAAAAUAGCAGAAGAUUUCCAAUUUAAACUGUGCACUUCAGUAUUUAUUAAAGUAUUGAAACUUCCUAUAAAUCUUUUAGUCAUCCUUCCGUGUACUAUUACACUCUUACUGCAAAAGUGACCACGUGGCUAAGAGGAGAUUUAAACAAAGGACAAAGCUCCCAGGGAAAUAAAUCAACUCUGGAUUCCAAUCAGUUAAAGCUCUGAUUUGUUGUUCAAGAUUUGUAUCCUGUGACAAAACAUGAAAUUCUAUCUUCCUACAUUUUAUGGUAGGGUCAUGGCAUUUUGGACCAACUAUAUUUUCCAGAUGCUUUUGAAAGAGAGAUCUCAACAGAGCACACUGCAGAAAUCAGAAUUAUAAUCUUAUUUCUUGUUCAGGACAUUUAAAAUUAACGUGUAGCUCCAUUAUGGAAGCAGAUACACUAAUUUCUUUCUCAGGCCUCUUCAAAUUGUUGACAGAUCAAAUUUAUUAUUGUGAUCGAAGAUCAGCAUGUCAAAAUAAAAUAGAAUCAAUAAGACCAAAAGAUAAAAUUAAUAAAAUAGAAUUAGGGUUGAAGUCCAAACUUACAAAUUUGUCAUGUUUGUACCAGGACAGCUGUGUUUCCACACAAAAUUUGGCUACUGUGUUGCUGGUAGCCAAGUUGUUGGAGUCCAAAGAAGAAGAUGGGUGUAAUACACAUUUCUCCUUGUAGGCUAGUACAGAGUCCUUAGGUAGAUCCCUGUAAGAAUUACAGUGAAGCAAGGCAGGGUGAAUGGCUUCCAGUUCUCCAGAGUCACGGGGGCAGGUGCAUUCUGCUCAUGGAGUCUUGGUGAAUCUACCCUGUAGUGAAGCCAAUGGGAGAACAUGGUGCCUAGCUCUAAAAAGCUCCUUCCUUAACCUAGGGAUGGUUAACAUGUAGAAACAGCUUGCAGGUUGCCUUGUGCCUUUUGCUAUCAGAGCUCUGCUGUUCCAGGAUAGAGUCCUAAUUUCAGUCUCCAAUUCAGUAUCAUUCAACCUUAGAAGGGCUGUCCUUCUUGCCUGAUCCAAACCGGAACCAAAUUUUGUUUGUAUAGGUUCAAGAAUAUUUUUCCUCAUAUAAAGUCCUGGGCUUCAUAUAACAUUUGGGCAAAGGUUUUAGCCUCAAACAAUUUUAGGUCAUUUAAAAUUUUAAUUCCCUUUGUUUGGCAUAAAAGAACCUCCUAAUAGCCACGGAAGAUUUUGAAGCUAUUUGGGCAAUGUGUUACUGGUGGGAUUUCCAAACCCCCUGGGUGUGGAAAACCACUCCCAAAUAUUUAAAAGUAACUGGAUGUUCUAUUUUGUUUCUAUUUAUUAUCCAACUGCACUGCUUUGGUUUUCUUGAGAAUCCAGGACUACGCAUUUUUGGUAAUUUAUAGUCAACAUAUUUACUGUACCUUGCUGAACUGAAUUAUGGCUUUCAACUAUUGAUAAGGAUAUCCAUCUUCUCCAUGUAAACCUGGCCAAAUCCCCCUGUUUAUGUCCCAUUAUUCCCUGAAAAAGUAUGUCUCGUUUAGGGGAAAACUUUGAUGAUUUCUCUGCAUAAAAGCCAAUUUUAUCCCCGUCUCUAUAACCUUCCAUAAAUAGUCUGAAGUCUAAUUUAGGGAGACUUUUUAGUAAUAAAUGGAAUGUAAUAAAUACUGUAGUAAUAAAUAAUGGUUACAUUAUUUUAUGAUUGUCUUCAACUGGUAUUGGGUUUUUUUCCAUUGCUAUUUUAGUGUUUCAUAUUGUAAUUGCUGUCAAAACAGAUUUUAAAAUUGUUGUUAAUUGUACCAAUUC